AUGGCGGAUGAGGGUCGUCUAUACGUUGCCUUGUACGCCCGCGGAGGCAGAGCCAGAAUGGCCACGAAGGAGGACAAAUUCCACUGGGCUUUCAUCACUGGUCCCGACUAUGAAUCUCCUGAGACUCGUGCUACUCGUCACCACGUCACGCACGGUGUCGAAAUGAUCGACGGCACGCCCCAGAUGAUGUGGAAGUACUGCGAGCAGGACAUUCCCACCGGCUGGACUUCUCAGCUCCUUGUUCGCGUUCUCAUCGGCGAGGUGAAGUCCAUGGACCGGGUCAACUUCAUCUUCCACAACACGCCUCUGAAGCACGACACUGAGGGAUGGAACUGCGUGAAAUGGGUCGAGGACGCCUUCAUGACCAUCAUGCAGGACGACAACGCUCUGGGAGAGGCAGUCACUGACUGGGACGCCAUCCGUGACAAGGCUAUGGAGUACGUCGACGCCAAGAUCAAGUCUGGUCGCUUCGAACUCUGCCGCGACUUUGAGAACGAUGAGGUUCCCACUUGGGACAUGGUCGACAACAAGGAGCUUGCAACUUAA